UGUCUCCCUUCUCCCGUCUCAAUUAUAGCCGCCAUGACUACCCUUCACACGAUGAAGAAUCCCCUCCUCCGAGGUGUAUCUCCCACCCCUAGCAAGAUUCCAAUACUCUCUCAAAGAUGCUCAGAGUUUUCAUCAGUCAAGUCGUGCUCUCUGGACCAGGAGAACCAGGAUCCAAGGAAGCCACCGCUCAGUACUCAAAGCCCUCUCAUCGAUUCAGCUGGCCUCAAAUCGAAAACCUUGCACCAGAAAGAGAAAUCACAAAGAUUGGGGAGCACUCAGCUCCGGAACCCUUUGGAGGAACUCAAGCCUAGCUCUGGGAGACCAAAUGUGGGGCUUGUAUCCCAGCCCCAGACAGAGGCUCUAAGGGCUAUAGAGUUUGUUGCUGACCCGACAGCCCUGGCCACCAUCCUUUCAGGUGAGGGGGUGAAGAGCUGUCCACUGGGGCGCCAGUCCAGUCUGGCUCAGAGAGUACUAGUUCGAGGGAGCAAGGGAGGCACCACCCAGAAGGGCCAGAGUGCUCGGUCUUCGGCAUACCUGGCUCCCAGGACCCCUAUCCAUCAGCUGGAACCUGCCAGGGCUUCCUGCUUCUCAAGACUGGAGGGAUCAGGACCCCGAGGAAAACCACAGAGUUCAGAGGCUCUGAAUCCACCUUCGGGACCUUCCUUUCAUCCCUUCACUCGCCCCAGUUUACAGGAGCUGAGAAGAGAGACGUGUGGCAACAGCAGGACUUCAGCGAGCCAGGCCUCCAGAUUGCUCCCGAAGACCCCAAUUCAGCCUGCUUCUUUACCCCCCAGAGGAGAGCAUGAGGCUGCUCCUCGUUCAGGUGAAGGAGGACGAGCCCUACUGGGUCUGGCUCAACGAGUGCCCUUAAGAGAAACUGGAGAAAAAAUUCACACCAGGACCUCAUAUUCAUCCUUGAAAUGGUUCACCACUCAGCGUAAAACCCGGUUCACACCCGCCCAGUCAUUACCCAGAGUUCAGCAGACCCAGUGGCGGAGUGGUCUCUCUCCUCAUUCCUCCCCUGAAGACCCUGCCCUGCCCUGGGAGCAGAUUGCUGUAAGGUUGUUUGACCAGGAGAGUUGCAUCAUGUUGCAGAAGGGAUCCGGGAAACCACCUGCAGCAAGCACUUCUGGACCUCACCCCUUCGAAACCCCCAACCUCCAGGAGCUAAAGAUGCAGCGCAUCAGUCUUCUGCAGCAACUCCUACAACAGGAGAUAGAGGGACUGGGAGUGGACAAGUGUGCCCCUCUUAAUGGAGGCUCUGCUCUAGAGAUGACCAAACUUCAGCCCCUGCUGGCUGACAUUUCUAGAACUCCGAAUGCUCCAGAACACAAUCCUGGAACCUCCCUUCUUGGACUGUCAAGACACACUGGUGUGACAGAGCCAGAUCUUGCAGAAGAGUGUGGGGAGCCACAGCCCCACGGUGCAGAAAAGCAUGGGGAGCCACAGCCUUGCCCUGGGGCAGAGACCAAGGUAGUUCAGCCUAGUUCUACCACAGACCCAGAGCCCCCAGUGCCAUGCUGGAUAGCUGAGCCAGAGCCACCAGAGCCUUGCCUUCCAGUACUGCCUGGACCCCUUCUGCCUCAUCUCCAAGGACAGGCUGAACCCCUUGAGGCCUGCCCUUGGAUGGAGCUAGGACCAUCGGCAGCCGACUCUCUGGAAGCUAGAAACCCAGCAUCCAGCCCACAGCCAUGUUGGAGUCAGGGGCCUCCAGCAACCACCAGCUUGACCUUCUCUUCACAAAGCUCACUCUGUGCCAGCCCCCCUAUCCACUCACUCCAGUCUUUGAGGUCCCCAACAGGCCAGUCAGGCCCCAGCAGUCUGGCCCCUCGGACUCUGGCUCUGAGGCAGCGCCUCAAAGCAUGUCUCAGCGCCAUCCACUGCUUCUAUGAGGCGCGUCUGGACGACGAGUGUGCCUUCUACACUAGCCGAACCCCGCCUCCUGGACCCACCCGGCUCUGCACCAACCCUGUGGCCACGUUGCUUGAUUGGCAAGAUGCCCUGCAAUUCAUUCCAGUUGGUUCUGUGGUCCCACAGGACUCUCCAUCGUGACUCCAGCCUCCGCGGUCUGCCUCACUCACCCCUUCCUCCUUAGCCUUAUUUAUUGUUGCUCUGCCCGUUGGACUGGGAGCCAUCCCCUUUUAUCCUUUA